AUUAAAUCGUGUUUCGUUAACUUUAACGUGUUCAUCCAUCAAUCUAGUCAGACUAUAUCUAUUUUUUAUAUCUACAAGCAGCCCAACAAAUUGAGCUUCUUUUUUUUGUUCAUCGGACAGUCAAUUAUUGUCACUCAACACCAAGAUUCUGGAAAUGGGAAUUUACAGGGCAGUGAUCAAAUCAGUAGUGCCACUCUCAAAAUCUUUAUCAAAAAAAACCCAUCAACUUUCUACUUUUAGAAGUAUUUCUUCUUCAUCCAUCAUCAUUCCAUCUCACUUGGAAAAAGUUGGAUUCGUAGGCCUUGGAAACAUGGGAUCCAAAAUGGCAACUAACUUGGUUAAGGCAGGAUACAAUGUUGCUGUUCAUGACAUCAAUCAUAGUGUCAUGAAGAUGUUUUCAAACAAGGGAAUCUCUGUAAAAGGAUCACCAAUGGAGGUUGCAGAAAUUAGCGAUGUUGUAAUUACCAUGUUACCCUCCCCAGCCCAUGUUUUAGAUGUGUACACUGGACCAAAUGGGUUACUUAAUGGUGGCAAUGUAGUGAGGCCAUGGUUAUUUAUAGAUUCAUCUACAAUUGACCCGCAAACAACAAGAAAGUUGUCUUCAGCUGUAUCUAAAUGUGCUUUGAUUGAAAAGAAAGUGUCUAGGGAGAGCCCGGUCAUGCUGGAUGCUCCUGUCUCUGGAGGUGUUCCUGCGGCAGAGGCUGGAACACUUACAUUCAUGGUCGGUGGCCCUGAGGAAGCUUACAUGGCUGCAGAACCAUUAUUUUCUUCUAUGGGGAAAAAUACCAUAUAUUGUGGUAAUGCAGGAACUGGUUCGGCAGCUAAAAUCUGCAACAAUUUGGCGAUGGCUGUGAGUAUGCUUGGUGUCUCUGAAGCAUUUGUUCUUGGCCAAUCUUUGGGCAUUACAGCCACAACUCUCACAAAAAUCUUCAACUCUUCAAGUGCUCGUUGUUGGAGUAGUGAUACAUAUAAUCCAGUACCUGGUGUGAUGGAUGGGGUACCCUCCUCAAGAAAUUAUGAUGGCGGGUUUGCAUCUACACUGAUGGCUAAAGAUUUAAACCUGGCUUCGGCAUCAGCUAAAGAUAUUGGUCUCAAAUCCCCAUUGACAUCUGAAGCCAGAGACAUAUUCACAAAGCUCUGUGACGAGGGUCAUGGGGCAAAGGACUUCUCUUGUGUUUUCCGUCAUUUCUAUUCUGGUAAAGAUGAAUUGUAAUAAUAUGUUCGAAUGAGUUAACCUAACUCUAGAGCUUCUUUGCAUACCAAGCUUGGUUGUACAUGCAAAUUAUAAUAAGAUGUCAUCCAAGUUAGCUUUUUGUCCAA